GAAGUGCUACUCUGUCUCGAAGAUGUACCUUCACUGAAAUUGAGGUUACCGCAAUUACCGCGUAUAUGGCUUCCAUCUUAGAAGAAGUGGUAUUGUAAUGCAUAAUUCGACAUACGAGUUAGAUUUCCACAGCAGCUCCGCCCCACCACUGUAGUAAUCAUUACGCUAGAGGGAGAGAGAGAGAGAGAGAGAGAGAGAGAGAGAAACAGAGUGGAAGUAUAAUUUAAGCGAGUUAAAGAGAUAAUGGAUGAGGGUAGAAGGAGAAGUGGAGUGGUGGCAGGGUCAGUGUGGGAGAGCAGGAUGAAGAUUGAUGAAGUGAAAGGUGGGAUUAAGGUCUUCAACGGAGAAGAAGGAGAAGAAGAAAGCUCUCAACAGAGUGGAGGGGCUUCUGCAAAUGGCGGUGGCGGUAGCGGUGGUGGUGGGAGUGCUGCUGCAAAGGUGAAGAGAGGCCAAACUGGUGCUGUGGCGGCCAGUGGGAAGAGGAAGACAUGGAAAUCCGAGAGCUUUGAGGGUUUUGACAAGAGCCCAUUUCAGAUAUCCAAACGGAAACCUGAGCCGCAGAAGAAUUCUGAGGAACAGUUGAAGGAGCUGAGUGUUUCUGCUGACGGAAUCAAGAAGAGCCCAGUUCAGUCCAGGAAGUUGAGAUCUGAUGAGAAAUUCGAGCGGAGCCCAAUUCAGACGAGGAAGCCAAGAUCUGCACCGGGAAUUGAGAAGAAUUCUGUGCAGCUGAGGAAGGUUAAAUCGGACUCGGUCAAGGGUGUUGAAGGAAGCGGCAAUGGAGCUAAUCAGACGAGUUCAGUUCAGCUGAGGAAGGCCAAGUCGGAUUUGAGUCUAACUGUGGAUGAAUCAGUGGAGGAAAUUGGUGAAGGGUCUGUUGGAGGAAGUGAGAAAAUCCCAGUUGAUGGAUCUGAUGAAACUUGCAAGGAGUUUGGUGUUUGUCAAGAUAAGGUCAUAACAGAUCGGAGUAUUGUGGUGAAUUGUGCUCCAAAAGUGGAUGUGAACAAUGGCGAGGAGGAUGAUGGUCUUGAUGUUGUUGAUGGUGAGGAUGAAGGAGAUGAAGAGGAGGUGGAUGAUGAGGAGACUGAGAUUGAGAUUGAUGUUAAGAAAAUCGAUGUCCCAGAGCCCAAGAAAAUUGUCAAUGAAGAGAAGAAAAUUGUCAAUGAAGAGAAGAAGAUUGUCAGUGAUGAGAAGAAGAUUGUCAAUGAUGAGAAGAAGAUUGUCAAUGAAGAGAAAAAGCUUCAUCAUCAUCAAGUUCAUAGGAAACCAAUGGCCACUGUGAAACAGCCCCCUCCAAUUGAAAAACGCCGAGCUGUGUACCAGAAUUUAUCAAAACCUACUCCAAGACACCAGAAUCUCUCAAAACCCACUUCAAGUUCUUAUGAGUUCCAAACUUUUCCAGAAACCCACAGCAAAUUGCAAAGUUUUGUGGACUUAGUGAUGUGGAAAGAAGUCCCAAGAUCUGCACUUGUCUUGCUAAUUGGAUCAUUUGUAAUACUCUCUUCUUCCUAUACAAAGGAUAUAAAUUUGAGCUUUGUUUCUGUGAUUUCCUACCUGGGUCUUGUUUAUCUUGCUGCCAUUUUCAUCUAUAGGACCCUCAUUUGCAGGGGAGUUGUAAUUGUAGAUGAUUCAAGCUAUGUGCUAGGGGAACAAGAAGCUAUUUGGUUACUGAGAUUGUUUCUUCCUUACGUUAAUGAGUUGCUGCUAAAACUCAGAGCCCUUUUUUCUGGAGAUCCUUCUACUACAAUGAAGCUGGCAGUACUUCUCUUUGUUUUGGCUAGAUGUGGCAGCUGCAUAACAAUUUGGACCGUUGUUAAAUUAGGUUUUGUGGGAGUUUUCACUUUACCAAAAAUCUGUUCCUUGUACUCUGCACAGUUAACUGCAAUAGCUAAAUUUUGGCUUCGACGCUUCCAAGACAUAUGGGACUCGUGCUCUCACAAGAAGGCCGUGGCUGCAUCCACUGUUUUUCUCAUUUUGAACCUAUCCUCAACGGUUGCACGCAUUUGGGAAGUGUUCAUGCUGUAUGUGGCUUUCCGAUGCUAUCAGCAGUCUUCCAUGAGAGACGAUUGGGUGGAAGAUGAAGCAGGAGGUGAUCAAGAAACAUCAUGACAAGGGCCAGCAUCAAUUUGGAUAGAGAAGUACAUACAUGAGAGAGUCACAUUCAUGGGCAAAUAAUUGACUGUUUCACAAGAAAAAGAAAAGGAUAAAAAGCAAAACAUAUUGUUGCUAUAACACACAAAAAAAAAAAAAAAAAAAAUCUUUGUUGCUAUACACAUGGUUUAGUGCUGAAGAAAUUUCAUCCAAUUCACUGUGUAAAAAGUAGUUGAUGCAUGCAUGAAGUGGCUUUUAGAGGCAUAUUUUGCAAGUUGUUGGGAGAUAAAUACUUAUGGGGUGUUUGGAUCGCGUAAUCUUUUGGGAUUUUUGUUUGAUUGCACUUAAGUGGACGGAAUCCAGAUACCUAAGGGAAUGUGGAUUCCCUUAUAGAAAUGCGAGAAUCCACAUUUCCUUGACCUCAGAUUUUUUUUUUCCACAAAAAUACUGGCAUUUUGUUGCCCAUAAGUUGUUUUUUUUAUUAUUAUUAAGGCUAUGUGACAAUUGUUUUUAGA